AUGCCUCAAGUCUCAGGCCUAGUUUGCGGCAAAAAGUUAUCGGAUGAUUCACAAUCGCGGCGACGUAGCCUAGUCUCAACAGAAUCUAUAGGCACUAUCUCUACUAGCAAUAGCAAAUCUUACAACCGUUCCGAUGACGGUUAUAUUAGCAGGGAAUAUCACUCCAAGAUGUCAAGUAGGGACUCAAAAGCCGAGAAGUUGUCCACUGCAGGCUCACCAAAGCUCGUACCCGAGGAAGACUGUAGGCACAAGCAUUUCAGGAAGUUGAAAUUACGAUACGCAUCAGAAUCUCAACUUUCAACCAAGGCACGCCUCCAUGCACAGCUAAAGACUGCGCCACCUGUACCGCAAAUAAUCAAUACCGCAACGGCGGCUCCUGUAACCGAACAAAUGUUUGAUCGUCGCUCCAGAAAGAAGAAAUCCAGGUUAAUGAGGCUCUCUAGACACACUUCAUCAAAUCUGAGCAUUCAGUCACAACCACAGACUCCAGUGGCAAACAAACCAGAGGAUGUAGAUUAUCAAAGAGAAGAGACUUCUAAUACGGAGUCUAUAGGACAUAUUGCCUGUGUACCAUUUGAAGCCGCUCUAGCUAACUCGCAAUCUGGCCCUCCACCAUAUGGUGACGAUUCCAAUUCCACCUUGGCCCUGCCUAUAAAUCGAAUGUCUGACUCUUCAAGGUCCGACGUAAGCUCUGGAGAAAAUGGCGUCUAUGCUACAACAACAACUACGCACACUGUUCAUACCACCACAACCUUCUUCCGCUUACCACGUCGCCGAAAGCCGUCUCCACUUUUUGAUCUACCUCAUCUUCCUCAAAAGUCAGGUAGCCAGAACAACCAUCGAAAAGUGUUCAAAUGCCAUAUGAAAACUACACCUCCUCAACCAUUAGAGAAAGAAUCAGUUGCCGUGAAGAAUUCACAUUUCGUUGAAAAUGCAUUGGGUCAAGGUAGAUUCGUCUCUCCUCUCUCCUCUCCCUUACUACUUUCAAAGACAUCUUCUCCAUCUAGUCAACCCGCUCGUGAUGCAUCUAACAAAUCCUCUCCAACCCGAUCUCGACAAAACUUGCGCGGUAGAUCCCCUACCUUAAACUCUACGAAAAAGUCAUCUCUCGAAGAGCAAGUUGACGACAUAACCCCCACAGUCUUAUUUCAAACUGCUCGCACCUCCUCCUCUACCGGACGUAAAAGCCUCGGAGAGUUUUUCGGACUUUCACACCGAGCUAAUCAUAACGCUGAUGCAUCUAUUCCGAAAUCUUGUUCAACUUUUUCUACUCCAAGCUCUAAUACUCCUAAAAAUAGCUCAGUCCAAAUAACUCGAGAACUACCGGUAAUACUACCCGAGAGAAAUGAGGAUGAUACUCCUGCAAAAUACCUUAUUCGUCUUGAAGAAGCUGUUAGUAGAGGGGUUGUCGCAAGCGUGCUUUCCAAGGGUAAUGACCCUUUCUCACAAGCCGUAUUACGGAGCUACAUGCGUGGGUUUGGGUUCUUCGGAGACCCAAUGGAUAUGGCAAUCCGUAAACUUCUUAUGGAAGUAGAGUUACCUAAGGAAACACAGCAAAUCGAUCGAUGUCUUCAAGGGUUCGCGAAUAGGUAUCACGAAUGUAACCCCGGGAUAUAUGCCUCUCCUGACCAAGCUUACUUCAUAGCAUUCUCAUUGCUCAUAUUACACACCGAUGUUUUCAAUAAAAAUAAUAAACACAAGAUGCAAAAGUCCGAAUACCUCAAGAGUACCCGAGGAGAAGGUAUUUUCGAUGAAAUCCUUGAAUGUUUUUACGAUAAUAUUUCAUAUACUCCAUUUAUUCAUGUCGAAGAUGACCUUGACAUAAAUGGAGAGAGAAUUAUUCAUCACAAGAUGAAAAAGAGAUCGAUCUUCAGCGGAAACAGUGAUUCUUCGAAGCGUCCCUCCAAAGAGCCAGUCGACCCGUACACGCUCAUCAUUGACAACAAACUAGACGCUCUUAGGCCAAACUUAAAAGAUUUCUUGCCCAUGGAGGAGCAUUACAGUUAUCUUGGAUCUGCACCCUCCCUUAACCUCUCGGAUCUUCAGAAAACUUUCUUCAGAACCGGCAUACUUCAAAUAGUAUCUGCCCGAUCUCGGCCUGACGCAUUUAUGUCAGAUAAAACAGUCAAUAACCCUGAUGAAGCAAAAGCUGGCAUCGUUGAUAUUAAAAUAACAAAAGUCGGACUACUCUGGCGUAAAGAUACAAAGAAAAAAAAGACGCGCUCCCCCUGGCAGGAAUGGGGUGCCAUUCUCACAGGUGCACAGCUUUACUUUUUCAGGAAUACGACUUGGAUCAAAAGCUUGAUGCAUCAGCUUGAAUUACACAUCAAGCAAGGGAACGAUGGGACUCCCGUAACAUUCAGGCCUCCUCUUGAUCAGUUUAAGCCAGAUGCUCUGAUGUCAACCGAUGAUUCAGUAGCCCUAUUAGACUCUAGGUAUAAAAAACACAAAAAUGCUUUUCUCUUUGUUAGGCAUGCAGGCUCCGAAGAAACAUUCCUAGCUGACAACGAGUAUGAAAUGAAUGAUUGGCUCGCAAAACUCAACUACGCAGCUGCCUUUCGAACAUCAGGUGUUCGGAUGAGGGGCGUUGUCGGUGGAAAUUAUGAUGGCCAACGCACUCGAGGAAUUCGCCGACUGGACGAUCAAAAAGAGACAGAAAAAACACCCCAAAUCACCGCUGGCGAUGUCUCUAUAGCUUGUGGUAAGAUUGAUGCACAAAUGGCACAUGAUAUACUCUCUGCCCGACGAGAGAUCAUGCUGCAAAAAAUAGCUGAUGCCGAGUUAAAACUUUCCGCUGCACAAAAGCAACUUGAAUCUCAAUUACGGAAUGCACGGCAUCUUCAGAUACUUGCACCAAUUCAGUCCAAAACUCGUGAUAAUAUAAUUGCAGCUGCCGGUAGGAUGGCCGCUCAACUAAAAUGGGGAAGAAUCAGGAUCUGGCGCCUUAGGUGCCACAAAGAGAUUCUAGUCAUGGAUUUAGAGGAGGAGAAAAAAAGCUACAAUAACUGUAAAAAUGAAUCCGACGAGCCCUGUGUAUUAGAAAGAAUGGAAUUAUCGAAAAAUUCCUUAUCAACGUCAAACUCUAUGAGCUCUCAAUCACCUGUUCAAAUAUACAAAACUAACGAUGAGUAUGUUAACAAACGAUACUCUUCUAUAUCUCCUACUAGAGAAAGUGCGUCAUAUUACGAAGGAACAUUAGCAUCAUGGGGCGAUUAUUCUCUUGAGCUUGGACCCGAAACUCCAGAAAAAUCAUCUUCAGGACUCAUAGCACCGUCUACCCCUAACACGACGACAGUUUCAUCUAAAUCCAAACUAAGCUCUUUAUCGAGUGAUACACAACGCGCACCGUCUUCCAACUUUGAUACUGCUGAGCUAGCACUUCUCGAGCAAGCUGGACUCUUUGAUGGCGCGGAAAAUUUAAUUGAAGCCCAGUGCACAGAGAAUCGCUCUGACAGUAAAGACAGUAAAGAGAUUAAAUUAGAACGAGAUAGAAUCGAGCGUGGGAAGAAGAGGCGAAGUUUCCACCGUGCAAUGCGAGACCCUCAUCUCACAUUACACAGCAUGAGUCGAAAGAGUAGAGACUAUUCGUCGGGUACAACUAUCACUGACCAAGACAAAGAAGAGACACUUUCUAGAGGCACUGGGAGCUUUGUUGUUCACGGUAAAAAGGCAUCAGUCAUCAACUUUGGUUCCGAACUACAAAACUUCUCACCCGAGGAACGGACGCAAUUUAGUCGUUUCUCUUAUGGUGCAUCUCGCUCUCCAGCUAGUAUUGACGAUGAUUAUCAUUCUGCACUGGCUGAACCUUAUGCAUUUCACGAACGAAACGGUUCUACUGCCACAGUGAGCUCGAUUGUAUCCGCAAACUUUUGGGAUAUAACUCAGAAGCUAGCAAAAUAUUGUCCGGAGGAGACUACCUCAGAACACGAUGAUGAUGGAUCUGGAAAUAAUUCCUCUGAUCGAGAGACAGCUCUCUCUACCAUGGACGAUCAUACCCCUUCUUUGGCUACAAAAAUUCCAGAUAAACACUGUAGUCCUCAAUGUACAGCGAUAUUCUGCAAGGAAAAUUGUUCAAAAUUACUGCAAAAUUCAGAUAUAGGUGGAUACCUUUGA